AAUAUGGACGUAUCACAUACUCAGUAUAUUCAUAUACUGUAUACAAAUUCCUUUUAAAACAAAACUAUUGUCAUUAUAGAAAACUAGCGUUUUAAGUAUACUAGAUAAAUCGAUUAAAAAAAUUUAAUAAAAAUGAAAUGAAAUGAAUGUCAUCAAAUAAUUAAAAGAAUUUCAUUAUAAGAUAUUCAUAACCUCUUUGAAAUUAUCCAUAUUUUCUUUUCUUACAAAUCAAUAUAUAUAAUAUAUAUAUCUAUAUAUAUUAAUUAACAAAAUGUCACAACUAGAAUUAGAUCCACAAUUUACACAUGGCUUAAGAUUAUUACAUUCUACGAAUAAAGAUUCCGCUGAACAAUUAAGGGCACUUUUAGAUGAAGUAAUUAAACAAAAGUAUGGUCCAUCCAAAAUGCUUUCUAACGUGUUGCAUAAAAAGUAUAUGAUGGAAGAACCAGUCUUAAGCGACCACAGUAGCAGUAGCAGCAGUAAAAAAAGUAAAAGUUCUUCCAAACAUUCGAGUAAAUCAAGCAAGAACAGUUCUCCAGUUAAUUUACCAGCACGAGAUACUCCUCCUGAGAUUAUUCAAUCGGAUGAUACAUUAGCAAUGGAAAUUUUAGAAGACGAUUUAACUUGUGUCAUUUGUAAGGGAAUGGAUGUUGGAGCAAGAAACAGACUUGUUGAAUGCGUAGAAUGUCAUUCUUUGUAUCAUCAAGAGUGUCAUGUUCCACAUAUACUAGAUUCACAAAUAGACGUUCCAAGGGUGGUUUGGUAUUGUUCUAAUUGUACAAAAGCUCAGACACCAAAAGAAAGAAGUUCGCCAAAGACUGUGAUAGACAGUAAGUCGAAAGAACCAAAAAAAACUAAUUCAAGCUCGAAGCACUCAGAAAAAUACAAAUCAUCAUCACAUAAUGUAAACCAAUCACAACCUAUUAAUAGAAAUAGUUUUCCAUCUGGCAUAGGUGGUGGAACCAAGGUGGUACCCAACAUUCAUAUCAUUAGUGCAGAUAAAAGAUUGAAGGAUAUGAUGAAAAAGGCUAAACAAGAGAAGCGUAGUACGAACAGCAGCUCUAAUUCCAAAAAUUCCUCUUCUACUGCAACAGCUAGUUCAUCAGGGAAAUCUUCUCAGGAAAAAUCUGUAAUGUAUAAAAUCAAAUCAGGAGUGGAGUGAGAUGUUUUAUUUUAUAACAGAUAUAAUGUCCUACCUUUAAUGAGGAAUAUAUUGACCUCAUAGUAACCAGUUAUCUGUCCAUAGUUUAGUAUAUAAAAUCUAUUAACAAUAUUUUUGUUUCUUUUAUUAAGCAGAGUAUGAAAGAAUAUGAAACUUUCUUUAUAUAAAAAUAUAUAUGGUCACUAAUAAAAUUUUAAUAUUAUA